ACAAUUUAAAACCCAACCCAGAACCCAACUAGCUAAAUCCAAGAUCAAAGCACACAUGGAACUGAAGCAACCAUUAUUUUAUCAUUUCUUCCUUCUGUUUUUUUUUUUAAUUCUUGGAUUUCUCAGUAGCAUUAGCUUUAUGUUUUGGCUUUGAAGACGCUACUUAAUGUAGCCUACAACUUCCCUGAUUGAACAGCAAGCACAAAAAUAACGCCACCUUUCCAUCAUAUCCUCUAAAAGAAACUAGAAGAAAGAGCCAGCGAGAGAAGGAUGAAAAUGAGAGCUUCACUCGCUUUUAUUCUCAUCCUUCUGCUGCUUGCAGCUGCUUGCUCUGGCUACAGUGAUUUUGAGAUACUAUUGAAGCUGAAAACCUCAUUGCUCGGACCACUUGGUCGUGGCUUGGAGGACUGGAUACUCUCGCGUUCUUCCUCUGGUCGGUAUUCCUUCUCCGGAGUUACUUGCAACGAGGACUCACGGGUUGUGUCUCUCAACCUCUCGUCUCAUUGCAUUCUCACCGGUUUCAUUCCUCCAGAAAUUGGGCUAUUGAACAAGCUCGUCAACCUCACUCUCUCUUCACACAAUCUCUCUGGAAGGCUCCCUUUGGAAAUGGCUGAGCUCACUUCUCUUAGGAUUUUCAACAUUUCCAAUAAUGCGUUCGUUGGCAAUUUCCCUGGAGAGAUCACUCUUGGCAUGACUCAGCUUGAGAUCCUUGACAUGUACAACAAUAAUUUCUCCGGUCCAUUGCCGCUGGACCUCGUGCACCUGAAGAAUCUAAAGCAUCUUCAUCUUGGCGGGAACUACUUUUCAGGCUCGAUACCAGAGUCAUACUCGGAGAUUCAGAGUUUAGAGUACUUGGGCUUGAAUGGAAAUGGACUCUCCGGCAAGGUCCCUUCCAGCUUGGCUAAGUUAAAGAAUCUUAGGAACUUGUACGUUGGAUACUUUAGCACUUACGAAGGAGGUAUUCCACCGGAUUUUGGGUCGUUGAGUUCGCUUGAAGUUCUUGACAUGGCGUUCUGUAAUCUUACAGGCGAGAUUCCUCCAAGCUUAGGCAAAUUAAAGCGCCUGCAUUCCUUGUUUCUUCAAAUGAAUAAUCUCUCGGGUUUUAUCCCUCCUGAACUCUCCAGUUUAAUUAGCUUGAAAUCUCUUGAUCUUUCAAUCAACAACCUCAUUGGAGAGAUACCAGAGAGCUUUUCAGAGUUGAAGAACAUCAUCCGAAUCCAUCUGUUCAAGAACAACUUGUACGGUCAAAUCCCAGAGUUUAUCGGCAAUUUUCCAAAUCUUGAGUUGCUUCAUGCAUGGGGAAACAACUUCAGUUCUGAGCUCCCGAAGAAUCUUGGCCGAAACGGGAAACUGAAGAUGCUGGAUGUGUCCUUCAACCAUUUGACGGGUUUGAUUCCUCCGGAUUUAUGCAAAGGAGGGAAACUACAGUGGUUGAUUCUCAUGGAUAAUUUCUUUGAUGGGCCACUUCCUGAGGAAAUUGGUCAGUGCAAGUCCUUGGAUAAAAUCCGAAUCAUGAAUAACCUCCUCACAGGGACCAUCCCUGCCGGAAUAUUUAAUCUGCCGUUGGUGACGGUGGUUGAGUUGAAUGACAACUACUUCUCCGGAGAACUCCCUUCCGAAAUGUCAGGAAAUAAAGUCAGGCUGUUGACGAUUUCUAGCAAUCGAAUAACCGGAAAAAUCCCACAGGCAUUUGGGAAAUUGCAUAAUUUACAAAUUUUAUCACUUGGUCUCAACAGAUUUUCUGGUGAAAUUCCUAGCCAAAUCUUCAAUCUCAAGUACCUCACCACCAUCAACAUAAGCAGAAGCAACCUGAGCGGUGAAAUCCCACCUUCAAUUACCCAGUGCGCUUCUCUAACGUCAGUUGAUUUCAGUCGAAACAGGCUCCAAGGCGAGAUUCCAAAAGGAAUGGCAAAACUGAAGGAUUUGAGUAUCCUCAACAUCUCUCAAAAUCAGCUUACCGGCCAAAUACCUUGCGACAUUCGGUACAUGCAGAGCCUCACAACUCUCGAUUUCACCUACAACAAUCUACUGGGCAGAAUCCCAACAGGAGGGCAGUUUCUGGUGUUCAAUGAAAGCUCCUUCGCAGGAAACCCCAGUUUAUGUGCACCACGCCAAGCUUCUUGCCCAUCUCUCGUAAGUAUGCUUCGAGGUUCGAGUCAUGGCCACACAACGUCGUUCAGCACGUCGAAGCUAAUAAUCACGGACAUUGGACUUGUCAUUGCUUUAAUGCUAAUAAUCAUGAUGGUUUAUAAAAUGAGGAAGAAAAGGCUCAAGAAAUCAAGGGCUUGGAAGCUAACCGCAUUCCAACGGCUAGAUUUCAAAGCAGAGGACGUGCUUGAAUGCUUAAAAGAAGAGAACAUCAUAGGCAAAGGCGGUGCUGGGAUCGUCUACCAUGGAUCCAUGCCGGAUGGUGUUGAGGUAGCAAUCAAACUACUGGGGGGCAGAGAAAGCGGAAUAAGCGAUCAUGGCUUCUCUGCCGAGAUUCAAACUCUUGGGCAAAUCAGGCACCGAUAUAUCGUGAGGCUACUGGGGUACGUAUCCAACGAGGAUACGAAUUUGUUACUAUACGAGUACAUGCCUAAUGGGAGCUUAGGGAAUUUGUUGCAUGGAUCCAAUGGAGGGCACUUGAAGUGGGACACGAGGUACAGAAUCGCUGUUGAGGCAGCGAAGGGGCUUUGUUAUCUGCAUCAUGAUUGCUCUCCUCUGAUAAUACACAGGGAUGUGAAGUCCAAUAAUAUCUUGCUUGAUUCAGACUUUGAAGCUCAUGUGGCCGAUUUUGGGCUGGCCAAGUUCUUACGGCACGCUGGUGCAUCGGAGUGGAUGUCCUCUUUUGCUGGCACAUAUGGCUACAUCGCACCAGAAUACGCUUACACGCUCAAGGUAGACGAGAAAAUCGAUGUAUACAGCUUCGGCGUGGUGCUGCUAGAACUGAUAGUAGGGAGAAAGCCAGUGGGGGAGUUUGGAGAUGGAGUGGACAUAGUGAAUUGGGUGAGGAAAACUACAUCAGAAGUCUCUCAACCGUCGGACGCUGCUUCAGUAUUGGCAAUUGUGGACUCUAGGCUUAGUGAGUACCCACUUGCUAGUGUGAUUCGUCUGUUUAAGAUUGCUAUGUUGUGCGUCGAGGAUGAAAGGUCUGAUAGGCCCACCAUGAGGGAAGUUGUUCACAUGCUCACUGAUCCUCCCCAGUGUGUCCCAAGCGUCAGCACCCUUUAAGCCCACUGGACUGUAAACGAAAUGUUUGCGGUAAUGAAACCGAAUAAAUCGUAAUAAGCUUUGUGAUUUGUGAAUUUACAUUUGCUAUGUUGUGUCUUCUUUCCAUGGAUUGAAUCUAGACAAAGGUUUCUAUGACCAAAAUUGAUGUGAAUAUGUAAGGUUUCGUUUAGGUUACGAUUGAAAGUUUUUAUUA